AUGGCAGAAAGCGGUGAUCGAGACGAAAAGCAUAGUACCCCUCCCCCUCCUCCUCCUCCUCCUUCCUACAAAUCGAUAUAUCCGGAAAUGCCGGAAAAGGUAUCCGAUAAGCUUGAUAAGAUUAAUGGCAAACCGGAAAUCAGCCGUGUAUUUGGCAGUGACAUAUCACUCAUUAUCAAGGCUGCAGAUUUAGCUGCACGACGUCAUCGUCAACAACGUAGAAAAGAUGCCAUGCAAACGCCAUACGUGAACCAUCCUAUCGGUGUCGCCUACAUCUUGACAAAUGAAGGACAAAUAACAGAUACGGCAACAAUCAUUGCUGCUAUUCUGCAUGAUAUUGUUGAGGACACAAAAACAAGUGAUGAAGAAAUCCGAGAAAUGUUUGGCGAUGAGGUAGCAGAUAUCGUUAAAGAAUGCACAGUGAUUAAAAGUAUGAAACGUGAAGCAAGAAUAAAAUCUGAACUGGAAAAGGCACCAAAACUGUCACAUAAAGCAAAACUUGUACAGUUGGCUGAUAAACUGUAUAACGUCCGUGACAUCGAGCGUUGCGUACCACUCGGCUGGACAAAGCAGCAAGUGAAAGAGUAUAUUUUAUUUGCGAAAGAUUUGUUAUCAAUUAUCAGAGGAAUACAUGGUCCAUUGGAAAUAGCUUUGGAUGAUAUUAUCAACAAAAAUAUCAAAUGA